AUGAUCCCCCCUUUCUCAACUGUAGCUAUCUUGCUCGCUCUUGAAGCAGCAGCAGCAUCCCCCCGCUCUUCCUCCCCAACCUGUUCGGAAUCCAUCAGCGACAACACCAUUUCCUUUUUCAGCCAGGCGCCGAUAACAUUCUCCUACGGGAUAGCCAGUGCCCCUGAUUGUGCCGCUCGAUGUGCCGACUUGGUCUCCUGCCAGGCAUGGCUGUAUUCGACCUCGGGGCAAGAAUGUCAAUUAUAUCGCGACCAGCCCGUAUAUCAAUCUGCUAAUCCGCUGUUUGUAUCCGGAUUCUGCGGGGAACCUCCAAGACCUGUCUCGUCUCGAAUUGCUCGUCCUUCUGUUUCCUCGCCACUUCCAUUUCCAUUUCCAUUUCCAUCUCCAUCUCCAUCUCCGUCGUCGUCGUCAUCGGCCAUGUGGGGAACCCGGUUAUCGGACAUGACGAUGCUUCUCAUCGACGCCAUGCUCAUCACCACGGUCAUCGCAAUCAUUGAAAAAGAUAAACGGAGAAUCAGCGCUGGAUUACCGAAGAUCCAGGGUUUCUACAAGAUGACCUUAAUCAAGAGUACCUUGAGCGAAAUCAAUAUUCAUUAA